AUGGAGCGGAGUGGGGCGCGGGGCCUGGCACGUUCGACUACCCGGACCCCGGCGUCCCGGGCUGCCGCGCCGCACUCCGUGGAUCCACCGGGCGCGCAGCUCUGGCUGUUCCCCGGCGCCGUGGGUCUCCACAGCGCGCUGCUCCGGAGGUCCGAGGCGACGCGGCAGAUCUGCUGCACGCGGAGGCGCCUGGCCGUGCUGGAGCGCGGUGGCGCCGGCGUCGAGGUUCACCUGCUGCCCGCGGGCAGCGACGGCGCCCGCAAGCCCAAGUGCAUUAAGUUAGGGAAAAAAAUGAAGAUUCAUUCUAUGGACCAAGGAGUGGAGCACUUGCUGAUUCUAUCCUCAGAUGGAAAACCCUUUGAAUACAACUUCAGCAUAGAGCAUGCAAGGUUUCAAAGCAUUUUACAAGAAAAAAGUAUAAUUCAGAUUGCUUGUGGAGAUUAUCAUUCUCUUGCCCUCUCAAAAGGUGGUGAACUUUUUUCAUGGGGACAGAACAUACAUGGCCAGCUCGGAGUCGGAAGGAUAUUUUCCUCAACCCCCACACCACAGAUUGUGGAGCACCUAGCAGGAGUCCCGUUGGUUCAGAUUUCUGCAGGAGAAGCCCACAGCAUGGCCUUAUCCAUGUCGGGAAACAUUUACUCAUGGGGAAAGAAUGAUUUUGGACAGCUAGGCCUGGGCCACACCAAGAAGAAAGAUUCUCCAUCCCUUAUUGAAGGACUAGACAAUCAGAAAGUUGAAUUUCUUUCUUGUGGUGGCUCUCACACUGCACUGCUCACACAGGAUGGGCUGGUGUUUACUUUCGGUGCUGGGAAGUAUGGGCAACUUGGUCACAAUUCAACCCAGAAUAAGCUAAGACCUUGUUUGGUGACUGAGCUACAUGGACAUAAAGUGACCCAGAUAGCAUGUGGAAGGUGGCACACACUUGCCUAUGUUUCUGAUUUGGGAAAGGUCUUUUCCUUUGGUUUUGGAAAAGAAGGACAAUUAGGAAAUGGUGGAAAACAUAAUCAGCUGGUACCGCUUCCCAUGAAAUUGACAACAAGUGAAGAACUCAAAUUCGAAAGUCACUGUUCAGGAAAGGAGCUAAUAAUGGUUGCUGGAGGAAAUCAGAGCAUUUUGUUGUGGAUGGAAAAAGAGAAUUCCUAUGUUAAUCUGAGGAGAAAAAUUCUUACAUUGAAUGAAGGAACUGUAAAGAGAUGGAUUGCAGACGUGGGAACCAAACAGUGGCAGAACACAAAAAGGGAAAUUCGAGAGAUAUUUUCAUCUUCUGCUUGUCUGACUGGAAGUUUCUUAAGGGAAAGACUGGCUGCAGAAACUACGUCUGUUCAUUUGGACUUAAGUAAAGCAAGAAGCACAUUUAAGGAAUUAACCCAGAAGGACUGGAUUACUAACACGAUAGCUACCUGUCUUAAAGAUAAUCUGCUCAAAAGCUUGCCAUUUCAUUCUGCACACCAAGAAGCUUUAGAAGUUUUUUUCCUUCUCCCAGAAUGUCCUGUGAUGCAUGAUAUUAACAACUGGGAAAGCCUGGUGGUCCCUUUUGCAGAGACUGUUUGUAAAAUGAGUGACCAUUCUUCAAGAAUUCUGGAGGGGUUUUGGGCAACUCUGCAAGAAUCUGCUUUCAGCAACCUGGUCCUGAUGUUUAAAAGAGCCAUUAAUGCUCAGUUGCAUUAUUGGACUGAAAGUGAUGAGAAUAACGGUCACCUUAAAGCUCUCCUAGAAAUGCUGAAAAAGCUGCAUAGGGUAAACCAGAGUAAAUACCAGCUGUCUGAAAAUAUUUUCAAAAUAGAUGAACUUUCAGACUGGCUUAAUUUUUAUGGAGAAGCUUAUAGAAGGUCCUCUUGGAAAAUGAACUCGGACACUUCAGAUGUACAGUAUUGUGUCAUAUUUAGUCACUUUCCAUUUGUCUUUAAUAUUCUGUCAAAAAUUAAACUACUCUAUGCAGACUCACUUCUAAAAAUACAGGAGAGAAAAAUCAGAGCUUGUAUGAGUUUGGCAGGAAUUUUGGAACAAGAAGAAUCUGAAUUAGCUUUGAUGCCCACCCUUAAUCUCAGAGUCAGGAGGAAUCACUUGGUUGAGGAUGUUUUGAGUCAGCUGAGUCAGUUUGAAAAUGAAGACCUGAGGAGGGAGUUAUGGGUUUCAUUUAGUGGGGAAAUUGGAUAUGAUGUGGGAGGAGUCAAGACAGAGUUCUUCUACUGUCUGUUUGAAGAGAUGACCCGGCCAGAAUAUGGGAUGUUCACAUACCCUGAAGAGGCUACCUACAUGUGGUUUCCUGUCAAGCCUAAAUUUGAGGCAAAGAGAUAUUUCUUCUUUGGGGUUCUCUGUGGACUUUCCCUUUUCAAUUGCAAUGUUGCCAACAUCCCUUUUCCACUGGCACUCUUUAAGAAGCUUUUGGCCCAAGCACCAUCAUUGGAAGACUUAAAAGAACUGAGUCCCGUUUGGGGGAGGAGUUUGCAGACACUUCUGGAUGAUGAAGGCCCUGACUUUGAAAAAGUAUUUUACCUCCAUUUUAAUGUGCACUGGGACAGAAAUGACAUAGACUUAAUUCCUAAUGGAAGUUGCAUAGCUGUCAACCAGACUAACAAGAGAGACUAUGUGUCUCAGUGUGUUGAUUACAUCUUCAACAUCUCUGUAAAGGUGGUUUAUGAAGAAUUUCAGAGAGGAUUUUAUAGAGUGUGUGACAAGGAGAUUAUAGAAUUUUUUCAUCCUGAAGAAUUGAAGGAUGUUAUUGUUGGAUAUACAGAUUAUGACUGGGAAACAUUUGAAAAGAAUGCAAGUUAUGAACAAGGAUACAACAAUUCACACCCCACAAUAGUGAUGUUUUGGGAGGCUUUACACAAGCUGACUCUGGAGGAAAAGAAGAAGUUCCUUGUGUUUCUUACAGGAACUGACAGAUUACUAAUGAAAGACUUAAAGGAUAUGAAAAUAACAUUUUGCUGUCCUGAAAAUUUGAAUGAGAAAGAUCCCAUAAGAGCGCAGACGUGUAUUAGUCUUCUCUACCUCCCUAAGUAUUCUACAAUGGAAAGAGUGGAAGAAGCACUUCAAGUAGCCAUCAACAACAACAGAGGAUUUGGCUGA